UAACCACCCCAGCUAUCUGGUCUCUGUUGAAUUGAGGGCUCCCUGAGACUGAGCAUCUUAAACACUAACACUAAUGGGCGGUGGUACCUGGGCGCUUCAGGAUCCUCGUAAAAUAGAGACUUGGAUGAGGGGUCGGUCGGGAAGAAUAGAGAUACGGAGGUCAGGGUGAGACUUUCCCGUAGUGGAGGCUAGCAACUACCCACGCCCUGGUGAGGUCUUCAGUACCCUGGGAGCUGGAUCUGGAGCUUGGGCUGUCUCCACAGGCAGUAGUGGUGAGAAGGUCCAGUCUCCCGGUAGGCAGACCGGGGCGGGGUCAAAAGCUCAGGCGCCGCUCCCAGUACAUCCUCCACCCCUCACGGCCCCGCCCCCGUCGCCAUGGGAACAGCCGCGGCGGCCCGGCUGGCGCGCGCCUCUCCUUCCUCCCUCGGUCUCCACCGCUUCAGGGGCGGGUGGGGUGGGCUGAGCCGGGGCUGCUACAGCCUCCGCCACUACCGCCGCCACCCGGGGAAGACCAGAGCAGAGCAGCGCCGGAGUCCCCGGAGAGAGAGGGGCUGCGGGGCGGCCGGUCCCCGUCUAGGACCAAGGGGCGCGCGGCGAUGUGAGCUAUGAGCGCGGCGUGGACACUGUCACCGGAGCCACUUCCGCCAUCGACGGGGCCCCCGGUGGGCGCGGGCCUGGACGUCGAACAACGCACGGUGUUCGCCUUCGUGCUCUGUCUGCUCGUGGUGUUGGUUCUGUUGAUGGUGCGCUGUGUGCGCAUACUGCUAGACCCCUAUAGCCGGAUGCCUGCCUCGUCCUGGACCGACCACAAGGAGGCGCUCGAACGAGGGCAGUUCGACUAUGCGUUGGUGUGA